AUGUCUGCCAACCGCGACCACGACAUCCCCCACUCGCUCCCCAUCCCCAUCGGUGGAGGCCGCCGCCGCUCCGGCUCCGUUUCAGACUCCUCCUCCGACUCGGCGUCUCUUUCCCCGCCUUCUCCUCUCCAGACCCCCGCAUCUGCGACCGGGCCCCUGCCCCGCGUCGCGCCUCUCAGUCCGUCCACCUCCCCCGUGCUCUCCUACUUCCUCGCCCAGUCCCCCAAGUCGCCGCCGUCCACCUUCCCUUUCCGCCGCGGCAUGGGCGCCCCCACCGUGUUUGAAGGAGAGGACGACGGCUUCGAGGCAGACAAGCCCAUCGGCCGCCACGGUCGGCGCGCCAGCGCCGCGGCUUGGCCGGGCCACGACCGCUUCCCUCCUGCGGCCCCUGUCGUCCCCGCGGCGGGCCAGCAGCAGGACCGCGCCGCGGGGCUCCUCCGCAGACUCUCGCUCGGAGGAAGCAUUGCCAGGCCUCCCGUCCCUGUUGGCAUGGCUGCCCCGCGGCUGGUGGGCCCGCCGGAUAUCGCGGCGGCGCCGCGCAGCAAGUCGCCCGGCACGACCCCAACCCCGCGCAAGCCCCGCCGCGCGAACACGCUCGCGCCGGGCUCGCCACGGCCCCCGCGCGCGCCGUCGCCCAUGGGCGAGCGGAUCCUCAAGGGUCACUUUGACGGGUUCAACUAG